AGAAUCUACGUUGGCCUCUCCUCUCAUUUCUAUUGAUCUCCUUUUCUCCCCUUUGCAUCCCUGUCAUUUAAGAGUUUCCGAUAUCACAGGAAGAAGAUUGGCCAAGAGUGUCAAAUUAAGUAAGGUUAAAGGAUACAGCUCCACGUGGCAGAGAACCACCACCGCUCAUGCUUGGUAAUUGGUACUAAUACAGUCCAACUCCAACGCUGAGAUCACGGAAACCCAAUUCAUUUGCCCAAAAUUACGACCAGUUCUACUACUGUUACUGCAUCGUCGUCGCCACUGUCACAAAGCUAUUAAGUUCUUCUUCACUUACAAUGGGACUACAACUCACCACCCGCACCAUGCACCGCUCACCUUCCUGUCUUUUCCCCUGCGUCACCGCAUUGGCCUUCCUCUCCCUCACCGUUCUCGUCCUCUACAAGGUCGAUGACUUCGCCGCCCAGACGAAAACGGUCGUUGGUCACAAUCUAGAGCCGACCCCAUGGCACCUUUUCCCGCCAAAAUCCUUCUCCGAGGAGACUCGCCAGGCUCAAGUCUAUAAGAUCCUUCAUUGCUCUUACCUCGCUUGUGCUAGCUACACCAUCCCGAAUUAUAUCACUGAACGGCGUCGUUCUGUGCCCAUUGUGGGCAAUCAGACAUGCCCUGAAUUCUUCCGGUGGAUCCAUCGGGAUCUCGAACCUUGGUCCCGGACUGGAAUCUCGACGACUCAUUUGAAGAAAGCCCAGGAAUUCGCUUCGUUCCGGGUUGUGAUUGUUGGAGGGAGACUGUUUGUUGACUUGUACUAUGCGUGUGUGCAGAGCCGAGCUAUGUUUACGAUUUGGGGUUUGUUGCAACUUCUUAGAAGGUACCCUGGCAUGGUUCCUGAUGUUGAUAUGAUGUUUGAUUGUAUGGACAAGCCCAGUAUUAACCGAACUGAACAUGGGUCAAUGCCAUUGCCUCUGUUUCGGUACUGUACCACUCAGUCUCAUUUUGACAUCCCUUUUCCUGAUUGGUCCUUCUGGGGUUGGCCAGAGACAAAUCUAAAUCCAUGGGAUGAAGAGUUCAGAGACAUCAAACAUGGUUCUCAAAAAAUAAAUUGGAUAAGGAAAUGGCCCCGUGCAUUCUGGAAAGGAAAUCCUGACGUUGGUUCCACCAUACGAACAGAGUUAAUAAAUUGCAAUCACUCACGAAAGUGGGGAGCACAGAUUUUGCGUCAGGAUUGGUCAAAAGAAGCAAAAGAGGGUUAUGAAAAGUCUAAACUUUCUAAUCAGUGUAACUAUCGGUAUAAAAUCUACGCUGAAGGCUAUGCUUGGUCUGUGAGCCUUAAAUAUAUUCUUUCUUGUGGCUCUCUUGCACUAAUUAUAUCCCCACAAUAUGAAGAUUUUUUCAGCCGCGGUCUUGUUCCCAAGAAAAAUUAUUGGCCGAUCUCCUCUACUGAUCUAUGCCCAUCCUUAAAAUUUGCUGUUGACUGGGGCAAUGCCCAUCCAUCUGAGGCUAGAGAAAUAGGGAAAGGAGGGCAAGAUUUGAUGGAAAGCCUGAGCAUGGAUAAAGUCUAUGAUUACAUGUUUCACCUCAUCAAAGAGUACUCAAAGCUACAAAAGUUCAAACCAGUUCGACCACCUUCUGCGCUGGAAGUGUGUUGUGAAUCCCUGUCAUGUCUCGCUGAUGCUAAACAGAGAUUCCUCCUGCAAAAAUCAACAGCAUUUCCUUCUUCAACGCCCCCUUGUUCUCUCCAGGCUGCGGAUGCUAAUCACUUCGAGAAUUUGAUGCGCCAAAAAAGACAAACUAUUGAUGACAUAGAAGAUAUGAAGCGCAAAGCAUACACACAAACUAAAAAUUAACAAUAUUUGUGUAGAAUUUUCAAUUUUGGUUCAGGGUCCUUUUUUCUGUUCUCGGUAUAUAAAGAUAGCAUUGAUUAGUUUGAAUUUUCACAAUCAAAAAUAAACUUCAAUAGUCGUUCUGAAAACACCAUAUACUUUCUCUAGUUGGUUCCAAUCUAUUUUGGAGUUUUGCUUUCUUGACCUGUUUAUUAUGGUAUGGGGAUUAGAGCAA